UAUGGAAAUUUUAGGAACAACACUCUUUGGAGUUGGAAGGAUGGGCAAAAUUCAUGCAAAGAACAUCAAUGAACAUCCACAACUGGAUUUGCGUUAUUUAGUGGAUGAAAAUAAAGAAUGUAGCAAGACGGUAAAAGGGAAAAUCAACAAAAUUACAGCUUUAUUUCCAAAUGAAGCAACUAUUGCUUUGGAAAAUAGUGAUAUAAAAGCAUGCAUUAUAUCUACUCCUUUUUCCUCUCAUAGGGAUAUAGUUGAGCAAUGCCUAAAAUAUAGAAAGCAUAUUUUAUGUGAAAAACCUUUGACACCUACACUUAAGGAAGCUGAAGAAUUGUUUAAAAUUGCUGAGACUAGAGGCCUGAAUCUGAUGGUGAAUUUUCAAAGAAGAUUUGAUCCCCAAUUUAGAGAGAUAUAUGAUUUAGUUAGAAAGGGAGAAAUAGGGAACGUAAGGGUUAUCAAGACCACUUCAAGGGAUCCGCCAGCCAUGGUUUCUCUUGAUUAUUUGAAAAGUUCUCCUGGCAUAUUUUUUGAUAGUGCUAUUCACGAUAUAGAUAUAAUAUGUUGGCUAGCCAAUUCUAAGCCUACUUCAAUUUAUGCAGUUGGUAGCGCUACUGAUGAAUUGUAUGCAGAACAAGGAGAUGUUGAUAGCUGUUGCAUCACUAUAACGUUUGAAAAUUCAAUCAUUGGUAACAUUGAAGUGAGUAGAAAUGCUGUUCAAGGCUAUGAUCAGCGAUUAGAAGUGUUUGGUAGUAAAGGUACUUUACAAAGCGAUAAUAAGCGCCAUAAGUUGGUUAAACAUCUUAAUGAAGAGGGAGAAAGAAUUGAUCCCAUGAUACAAGAUUGUACUGAAAGAUAUGCAGAGGCCUAUAAGGAAGUUCUAAGUCAUUUUGUAAAAGCUACUAACGGAACGGAGGAAAUAAUCGUGAAACCUAAUCAAGUUCUCAUGGCAACCCAUUUGGCCGAAUUGUGCAAAAAAAGUCUAGCCAGCGGUAACAAAGAAUUUGUUACCUUGAGCUUUUAG